UCCUGGGGAGUCACGCCCACUUGGCUGCGAUACAUUCACCGCAAGGUAAGCUUCCUUCCAUCUUCUCACUCUCGCUCUUCCUUCAGUCGUCAUCGAUGGCCGCCGCGAGGGUUCUUCUCCGCCGUGGCUCCGCCGCCUUCCGCGGCUUGCUACCGACCCAACCGCUGGCCCCUACCCCCGCUGCGGCCACGGCGGCGCGCCUGGUCCCGGCGCAGGCCCACUCCUCCCAAUCGGAGCCCCAGUCCACCAAGCCCAAGCGGAUGAAGACCUUCUCCAUCUAUCGCUGGAACCCCGACGAUCUCUCCAAACCCGAGCUCCAGAACUACGAGAUCGACCUCGCCGAUUGCGGCCCCAUGGUGCUCGAUGCCCUCAUCAAGAUCAAGAACGAGGUCGACCCCUCCCUUACCUUCCGCCGCUCCUGCCGCGAGGGCAUCUGCGGCUCCUGCGCCAUGAACAUGGAUGGCGACAACGGCCUCGCCUGCCUCACCAAGAUCUCGUCGGCCGGAUCGCCCACGACGAUCACGCCGCUGCCGCACAUGUUCGUGGUCAAGGACCUGGUGGUGGAUAUGACCAAUUUCUAUAACCAGUACAAGAGCGUGGAGCCGUGGCUCAAGCGCAAGGACCCGCCGCCGGUCCCCGGGAAGGAGAUCCCGCAGAGCAAGAAGGAUCGUGCCAAGCUGGAUGGGAUGUAUGAGUGCAUUCUCUGCGCCUGCUGUAGCACCUCCUGCCCCAGCUACUGGUGGAACCCGGAGUCGUAUCUCGGCCCCGCUGCGCUCCUCCAUGCGCACAGGUGGAUACAAGAUAGCCGGGACCAAUACACAAAGGAGCGUCUUGAGGCUGUCAAUGAUGAGUUCAAACUCUACCGCUGCCACCUUAUAAAGAACUGUGUUCAUGCCUGCCCUAAGGGACUGAACCCUGCAAAGCAAAUUGAAUCUAUCAAAAAGCUCCAGCUUCAUAAGUAAUUCCAGGCUUCUUUAUAUAAUGGCAGCUUUUGGUUCACGUUUGUGUCUUUAACAAUAUUACCUUUGAGUGUACUCUUUCAUUUUGAACUGUCUAUUUUAUGCUUGAGAAAUAGGGGUCUGCUUGUUUUCUGUUAUUAGACUCUAUCAAUUUGGGAGGAGAUGUGUUUCGGGGGAACAAUUAUUUCAUCUCAGUUAAUGAAACAUGUUGCAUUUGAUCCUUCUGUUUA